AUGGCGCGUAAUGAAGAAAAGGCGCAGUCUAUGCUCUACCGCUUCCGCGAAGCGCAAGCCGCGGAAUUAGGAUUGGGAACGCGUGCGGAUAGGCGGCCGAGGAUGGCGAGCGCGUGUAAGAGUCUGAGGGAGUGCGAGAGGUGGAGAGGAGAGAUUUUGAGGGAGAUCAGUAGGAAGGUCAGCAAGAUCCAAGACGCUGGAUUAUCCGACUAUGAAGUUCGCGACUUGAACGACGAGAUCAACAAACUCCUGAGGGAAAAGAGGCACUGGGAGAACCAGAUUGUGGCGCUUGGUGGUGCCAAUUAUAGGCGAAAUGUGGCCAUGCUUGAUGACGAUGGACGAGAAGUACCAGGGACGAAGGGAUAUAAGUACUUUGGCCGCGCAAAGGAACUCCCUGGCGUCAAGGAGCUCUUCGAAUCUCGCAAGAAAGAGGAGGACGAAGAGACAGCCACAGAAAGGUUCUACAAGCGCUUCACCAACCAAGGACCGUCAUACUUCGGCGACGAGGAUGAAGCCGAUGCAGAACUCGUUGCAUUCGAGAGGAAAGCAGAACAGGACGGAUGGAACGCUCAAUGGGAGGCUAUACGGGAGUUGAUAGGUCUACCAGAAGACCAGGCCGCACAACCCAUGCCGCCUACAAGUAUACCCGACCCGGGCGACGCUGUGGCGAAGAGUGGGGGAGACGUUCCAAUGGACAGUACAGACCCGGCAGACGUUGCAGCGGCACACGCGAGAGCGGCGGCUGCGUUCAUACCGUUCUUGAGCGCCGAGGAUUUGAUGCCGCCGAAGAUGCCGAGCAAGGAGGAGAUGGAGGCCUUUCUAUUGGAGUUGCAGAAAAGGGCGCUCGUGGAGGAGUAUUUCGGGAAUUGA